AUGCCAGGAACCUUGCCUAUCUGGCUGCUCCAGACCUCCACCUUUCAAAACAGCUCCUUUGUGGAUAUGGAGUGGCUGGGCCUGCUGGAAGACAAUGAGCUUGGUUCUGUGGAUAGGCACACAUGGACCAUCCACUUCUGCCAGCCCUGGGUGUACCAAGCCCUGCCCUGCAGAGACUGGCACAGCAUUGAUAAUAUGAUCAAGGCCUAUUUGCAGCAGUUCAACCAUGUGUUCCAUGAAGGUGCCAUGCAGAAGGAGGUGCCCUACCCUUUUGUGAUCCAAUGCAUGGCAGGCUGCAAGAUCUACCCCAACAGGACCUCCCAAGCCUUCAUCUCUGUAGGCUACAAUGGCCUGGAUUUCUUCAGCUUUGACAAUGACGCAGACAAUGGCACCUGGCUCCUCUGCCAGGACAGCAGCCUGUUACAGUAUGUCCUGGCCGCUCUCCAGAGCUGCACUGUCUUCAGGAGGGAGGUGGCAGGCCUCUUCAAGAAUACCUGUGUUGAUGGCAUAGAGGUGCUACUGAGCAAAAGAAAGGCAGCUCUGGAGGGACAAGUCUUUGCCCGCACACCCAGCCCGGGCCAGCUCCUGCUGGUCUGCCGUGUCACCGGCUUCUACCCACGGCCCGUCAGCGUGGCCUGGCUGCGGGACGGCCAGGAGGUGCCACCGGGCCCGGCGCUCAACACCAGCAGCGUCCUGCCCAACGCCGCCUCCCCUACCAGCCGCGCAGCUGCCCGGCCGUGCCCCCCGGGAUGGGCACAGCUAUGCCUGCCGAGGAGCUCGGAGGCGGUGCUGAUCGCAGGGCUCGGGGCCGGGCUGCCGGCGUCCGUGGCGGUGGCUGCCAUCGUGGUCCUUCGGGUGUGGAGACGCAGCCUUGCUGCAUGCACCAUGCAGCCCCCUCACCUCUUCCUCUUCCUCUCUCUCCUCCUCCCAGGGAUGUGGGCAGACCCAGAGGCAGAGACGAAGGUUUUUCAGGUGCUCAAGACCAGCCUCUUCAUCAACAGCAGCUCUGCAGAGGUGUCUGGGGUGGCUCUGCUGAGGGACAUACCCAUCUAUACAAUGGACCACGUCAACUGGACCCUGUACAUGCAGCGGCCCUGGGCCUGGCAGGCCGCGGCGGAGGGCGACGCCGUGAAGAUUGCUGCCGCCUACAAAACAGCUCUGCGCAACAUGAUCCGGUACACGCACGAAACGGCCCGGGACCUCCACAUGGACUACCCAUUUGUGAUCCAGAUCCAUGCAGGCUGUGCAGUAUACCCCAACGAGACAGCCUGGGGCUUUAUGGAUGUCGGAGCGGAUGGCAGAGACUUAGUAGCUUUCAAGACAGAAAGAACACGCUGGGAGGCCCAGCAGCUAUCCCCACUAGCACAGUAUCUCAGCAAGUCCCUCAACAAAAACAAGUCCGUCAUGGGGCUCCUGGAGCAUCUCCUCACCAUCUUCUGCAAGAGCCAUGUCCUCACCCUGUACAGGUAUGGGAAAGCUGAUCUGGAGAGACAAGAGCCACCUGUGGCCACAGUCUUUGCCCGCACACCCAGCCCGGGCCAGCUCCUGCUGGUCUGCCGUGUCACCGGCUUCUACCCACAGCCCAUCAGCGUGGCCUGGCUGCGGGACGGCCAGGAGGUGCCACCGGGCCCGGCGCUCAACACCAGCAGCGUCCUGCCCAACGCCGACCUCACCUACCAGCUGCGCAGCUGCCUGGCCGUGCCCCCCCGGGAUGGGCACAGCUAUGCCUGCCGAGUCAGGCACAGCAGCCUGGGCACCCGCAGCCUCCUCAUCCCCUGGGAGAACCACAGCCCAGUUCCAACUGUGGGCAUCGCUGCUGCAGUGCUGCUCCUUGUGGCCAUAGCCUCUGCCGGGGGCAUCUGGUGGUGGAAGAGCAGGAAAAGCAAUGGGACCAGAGGGGACAACCAAGAAUUCAUCAUUUGA